AUGAGUUUCGGAAAAUUGUACUCCUUCACUGGCAAUGCCCGCACCACUGCCCUCUUGGCUGUGGCCAAGGCCAACGCUUUGGACGUUGAGAUUCUUGAGGUGAAGCCUCAGUCUGAGGAGGUUCUCAAGGAGUUCCCUCUCGGCAAGGUCCCUGGCUUUAUCGGAGCUGACGGCCUCAAACUCACCGAGUGCAAUGCUAUCGCCAUUUACUUUGCUAGCCAGAACCAGAAGACCACUUUGCUCGGCAAGACCAAGGGUGACUACGCCCAGAUCCUGCAGUGGCUUUCGUUUGCCAACACUGAGCUCCUCGCCACCUUGGCUGGAUGGCUCAGUCCUCUCCGUGGCAUGGCUCCAUACAACAAGAAGGCCGUUGAGGAGGCUGAGGCCAACUUUGAGAAGCGUGUUUCCUUCCUCGAGCAGAUUCUUGCCAGCAAGACUUUCCUUGUUGGUGAGCGAUUGACGCUUGCUGACCUUGUGGUCGCUGCUCAUCUUGCUCGUGGCUUUGAGUUUGUCUUUGACCCUGCAUGGCGAUCGGCUCACCCAAACACGACCCGAUACUUCACUACUAUCGUGAACCAGCACAUCUACAAGAACGUUGCCGCUGAUGUGCCUAUCUGCGAAGAGGCCAUCAAGUAUACUGCACCUAAGAAGGAGGCUGCUCCCAAGAAGGAGAAGGAGGCAGCAAAACCCAAGGCCGCUGCUGCUGCUGCUGCUCAGGGCAACGACGAGGAGGAUGAGCCUGUUGUUGAACAGCCCAAGGCCAAGCACCCUCUCGAGGCACUCGGAAAGCCCAAGCUUGCUAUUGACGAGUGGAAGCGCACGUACUCCAACAAGGAGACUCGUGAGGAAGCACUUCCUUGGUUCUGGAAGCAGUUUGAGGAGAACAAGGCAGACUACUCUCUGUGGAAAGUGGACUACAAGUACAACGAUGAGUUGACUUUACCAUUCAUGUCUGCCAACCUUGUGGGUGGAUUCUUCUCGCGUCUCGAGGGUUCUCGCAAGUAUGGUUUCGGAUGUGCUAGUGUGUACGGCACUUCGGGUGAUUCGCUGAUCACGGGAGCCUUCUUCAUCCGUGGCCAGGAGUACAAGCCUUUCUUUGAGGUUGCACCUGACAUGGACUCGUACGAGUUUACCAAGUUGGAUGCAAGCAAGGAUGAGGACAAGACGUUUGUUGAGGACCAGUGGUCGUGGGACAAGGAGUACCAGGGCAAGGAGCACGCUGACGGCAAGGUGUUCAAGUGA